AUGUGGGCCUUUGUGUUCCCAGUGAUCAAGUGGAUUUCCCAAGAAGCCUUCAGUCAGACCCAGUCCAACUCCCUCCUGCGUGACCCCAUGGAAGGGAGGAAUAGUACCAAUUCCACCAGGACCCUGAGGCUGCCAGAUGCAACCAGCGCCGCAUGGUAUAUCCUCACCAUCAUCGGCAUUUAUGGCGUGAUCUUCGUCUUCCGGCUGGCCAGCAACAUUCUCAGGAGAAAUGAGAGGUCCUUGGAGGACAUUUACUACUCUAACUUGACUUCUGACCUCAAAAGGAAAGGGGUUCAGAGCAAGGAGGCCAAGAGCUCCUUACUGAUCAUCAGCAACACAGUUCCCUUUCAGCCUCAGCAGCUCAGCCUGGAACCCACAUGUGGUGACAGUGGGCUCCACAGGGGCACCAGGUGGCCCCUUGAAAGCCAAGGCCGGCAGGCCAGUCAUGAGAGGCCUCGGCUGUUGGCAGGUGGGGCAGUUGGGACCUGCCUGUGA